AUGUUUAACAACGCUGUCAUUUCCUUCCUCCAACUCUGGCUUGCGACGCUUGCCUUUGCUGCUCCCAUCGCUAAUGAUGCCAUCAGCGCGAGCGCUGCUAAGCCCUGGCAUUAUGGUACCGGCGGUGGAAUUGUCGGAUUCAUUGUCUUGGUCCUUGAUAUCCUUGUCUGGAUCGAGGUCCUCCAGUCGAACCGCCCCGUUUCCCACAAGAUCCUCUGGUGUCUCGUCGUCUUCCUCUUCCCCAUUGUCGGAAUGAUCAUCUACUACCUGUUCUCGAACCGCCAAGCUCACAUGCGAAGCGGCGGCUACGACCCGAUCCCCUAA